GGCCGGGACGCGGGGGGCUGUGGGCCAGCGCGGGCAGCCUUGGGCGCCGGCGGGAGGGGGCGCGGGACGGGAGCGUCGCGGGAGAGGGGGCGCGACCCCGCCACUGGGCCCCCGCCAGCCCCCGCCGGGUCGCCCGCCGACUGGGCAUUCCUUCUCGUGCCGCCACCGCCUCAACUUUGGUCGUUCGGUAACAUUUUAAACAAAAACUAACUCGUCGGCUUUGCCGCUGGGGCUCCUCUUAAGAGAACCACCGAGGACACAAUGUUUACAAGAGGGCUGAAGAGAAAGUGCGCAGACCCUGAGGAAGCCAUGGAAGGGGGCCUGGCUGGCCACAGCCUGCAGCGGCAGUCGCUCCUGGAUAUGUCCCUGGUCAAGCUGCAGCUGUGCCACAUGCUGGUCGAGCCCAGUCUCUGCCGCUCUGUCCUCAUAGCCAACACUGUCCGGCACAUUCAGAGAGAGAUGACCCAGGAUGGGGCGUGGCAGGUGGUGGUGCCCCAGGCUGCCGGACGGGCGCCCCUUGACCGCCUGGUCUCCACGGAGCUCCUUUGUCGCACGGUGGCUCGGGAGCAGGAGGUGCGGCCUCCCAGCCCUGACCUGGGAGACAGCCAUGCGCCGGACCUGGUUUCUGGACUUCCCAUCGUCCCAUCUGCCCAGGCCCCAAGGAGCCCACAGAGUGGUCCCCAGGAAGUGGACAGCCCUCCCGGAAGCAGAGGAAGCUUUCAGAAAUCUCUCGAUCAAAUACUCGAGACGCUGGAGAGCAAGACCCCUGGCUCCGUGGAAGAGCUGUUUGCUGACGCGGAUAGCUCCUACUACGACCUGGAUGCCGUGCUGACGGGGGUGGUGGGUCACUGCGGAGACGGGCUCCAGGCCUUCGCCUCCGCGGCCGCCCCACCUCCCAGCUCCAGCUUCAGGUCGGACCUGGGCGACCUGGACCACGUGGUGGAGAUCCUGGUAGAGACCUGAGCCUCUGCCUGUGCGGCCCACGGGACACGAAGCAGGCGGACUUGUAAGACCCAUGGAUGCCCAGAGCUCUCGGUCUGUGGACGCUGGCCGCCCGCAGCCUCAGGGCCAGCCUCUGGCUUGCCUGUGACUAACAUGUCUGGAGGGGAGUCUAGUCGGUCUGCUCCCCACCCCGGCCCCUCCUGAGCGGCUGGGCAGUCCUGGGGCCGGUCGCUCCAGCCCAGCGCCCUCGCCCCUCCGUGUCCUGCUGCGGCUUCAUGGAGGACUCAAGUUGCCACAUGCACUCAGCCUCGUUUAACUUUAUGUUAACUUUUAAAAAUUAAGUUUUUUAUGUUUGGGGCAAUAUUUUAUCUUAAAAUAUAUUUUUUAAACUUUUAUCUCUAGAAUUUUUCAGCUAUGUCCUUAAAAGUAUAUUUUUUCUGUGAACAUUCUUUGCUGCUACAUUAGAAACUUUUACAGCCUUAAUGAUUGCAGUUGGUGCGUUUCAUUUUUUAAGGUUUAAAUAAGAGCUUGCCUGUCUCACGGCGAGCUUCACUGCCCGCCCAGGUGGCAGCAUUCGCGGUCAUGACCUCACUGAGGUCUGUGGCGUGAGUGAGAGGUCAUCAGGGCCCAGGGCCCGCACAGCGACACCUCGGCCCCAGGCCUGUGGUGCAAGCGUGUCUCUGCUGGAAUUGGUGUAGGCUUUGGCAGGUCUGUGUACACCUACUAGGUGUAAGCGCUGGAGGUGAAGGUCAGGUGUAGCCCUCCUGCAGAUCUGUGGUACAGUUGAUCUUCAGGUGCCCAGGUGUCUGGGGCAGGGCCUCCAGAGGCUCUGACUCGGGGUCUCGUGAGGUUUUCCCAAUACAACUGUCCUUUCCCUGGAAGGUACUGCCUUCUGGUGCCCACCUGGUACAGCCGCUGCCUUGUGUGAACAUGAGUGAAGGACCCCCUCAGUAAGAGGAGGCCGUCGGGCUGCUGAGCACCCCACACCAGUUAUAGGAAUUUUCAGUGGUGGACCCCAAAGAAGAAAUCGGCAACAGGAAGGAAUUGUUAAUCACAGGCCCCACCAGGGCAAAAUGCGCACAGCAUCUCCUUCAAGAAGCCCACCACCCCUGCACCUUAGCCAGAGGCGCCAUCACCACUCUGACCUCACACAUCCCUCCAAGGCACUUCAUUCAAAACAGCUCCUCCAGCUCUCCAGGGAAGCACCACCUCUCCUCAGCUGGACCUGCCUGGGCACUGUAGCUCGCAUGUCCUGAACUGCAGGUCUCUGCUACUCCUGAGUACACCCAUUUUGCUGGUAAAGUAACUGCUGUUUUAUUUUUAAGGUCACCACUCGCCUUGCUGCUGGACCCAUGAUCCCUGGGCCGCCUGUACGGAUGCUGCAGUGUUCUGGGCUGUCUGGAAAGGGCGCAUGUCUGUUCCACUAGUUUGGAAGAUGCUCACACUUUCUCUGGAACUGGUGCUGGGACAAAAUUUUCAGAUUAAGAUUAAAGAAAUCUGGACACAUUCAU